ACAUCAAUGUCAUAGUCAAUAACCUAAACGUCAAUCCAAAAUUCCAAAAUCUGAAAUCUAAAUACAAUUCCUAAUUCCAGCUGUACAAUUUAUCGAAACUGUCUAUUUAAGUAUUUAAUUUCACAGAUUUUUUUGUAAUACUGUUGAAAUAAAUGUAGCAAUUUCAGAAUGACGAUUCAUAACUUGUAUAUUUUCGAUCGCUACGGCACCUUACUUUAUUAUGGAGAAUGGAACAGGACCAAACAGUCAGGAAUGUCUCGGGAGGAGGAAGGAAAACUAAUGUAUGGCAUGCUGUUCUCAAUAAAAUCAUUUGUUGCUAAAAUAUCUCCUCUGGAUCCAAAGGAAGGCUUCAUGAACUACAAAACCUCAAAAUAUACCCUACAUUGUUUAGAGACUCCAUCGGGUAUUAAAUUUGUUAUGAACACAGAUAACCAAGCUCAGGGUGUCAGAGAGUUAUUAAAAAAGAUUUAUGGGGACAUUUAUGUUAAAUAUGUUGUAAGAAAUCCAAUGUGUGGAAUUGGAGAACCAAUUACGAGUGAAUUGUUUAAAAAUAAACUUGAUUCAUUCAUUAAACAAGCACCAUUGAAUACAGUAAGAGCAUCUUAAUUUGAAAAGAAUCAAUUCUGAUGUAAAUAGAUUUGUAAAUUUCUUUAAAAUAAUGAAUUAUGGAAAUAAAAAAUCUUACAUGCUUAAGUAAAAGUAACAAUUUUUCUAUUUUUUUAUUUCAAUGCUUUAUUAUAAGUGUUAAAAAUAUGUUUGCUCUCAAUUCCAGUCCAU